UAAUUAAUUUGUAGAGUAUGAUUAACUUGUAAUAAUGGGUGUGUGUCUCCAACUAUAAUAAUAAUAAGAGCGCACUGUAACGAAUCUAUGCUAAGCCAGACCGCCUAAGGGACUGAGAGAUGGAAGAGAUGUUAAAAUCGAAAUGGAUGGCCACAGUUGCCAGUAUAUGGAUCCAGUGUAGUUGCGGUGCAACCUACACCUUUGGCAUCUACUCUUCCAUCCUCAAGUCCACCCAAGGUUACGACCAGUCAACACUCGACACCGUCUCUGUCUUCAAGGACAUCGGAGCCAACGCCGGCGUUCUCUCUGGCAUUCUCUAUUCUGCUGUCACCCUCCGCCGCAACCCAUGCCGUCUUGGAGUCUUUACCGGCCCAUGGGUAGUCCAUGCGGCCGGGGCGAUCCAGUGGUUCAUUGGAUAUUUCGUGAUGUGGGCUUCCGUGGUUGGGUUGAUUCCCGGGCUGCCUGUGCCGGUUAUGUGCCUGGUUAUGUGGAUGGCGGCUCACGGGCAGACGUUCUUUAACACGUCGAACGUCGUGAGCGGUGUUCAUAAUUUCAGUGCCUAUAGUGGGACUAUUGUUGGCAUAAUGAAGGGUUUUCUUGGUUUGAGUGGAGCAAUACUAAUCCAAUUCUACGAGACAGUAUGCAGUGGCAAUCCAAGCGCUUACAUUCUACUACUUGCACUGACACCAACAUCUGUCUCUCUGUUGUUUAUGAAUUUGGUAAGAAACUAUGACACAAACACAAAAGAUGACAAGAAGCACUUAAAUGCUUUCUCAGCAAUUGCUCUGAUCGUCGCUGCUUAUCUCACAAUCAACAUACUUUUGGAAAACAUCUUUACUUUGCCGCUUUGGUCACGCAUCGUUACAUUUGUUGUCCUGCUGUUUCUCGUUGCCUUGCCUCUUGAAGUUGCAGUCAGAGCUCAGAGGGAGAAUUCUGAUAGAUUUGCACAAGCAUUAUUGGAAGAGAGGGGUCACAAACCAAAGCCAGAGUUUUCGACAGCAGAGGAUCCUACGGAUUAUCAUGCCCUGCCUAGUGGUGAGGGUCAAGCUAAGGCUGUUACUGAUGACAGAAGUUCAUCAGAUGAAGAAGACCUGAAUCUCUUGCAAGCCUUGCGAACAGUAAACUUCUGGUUGUUAUUUAUUGCUUCAAUUUGUGGAUUAGGAUCUGGACUUGCAACAGUAAAUAACAUCAGUCAAGUAGGAGAAUCCCUUGGUUACACAACCCUUGAAACUAAUUCUUUGGUUUCGUUGUGGAGUAUAUGGAAUUUUCUCGGCCGUUUUGGAGCUGGGUUUGUGUCAGAUAUUUUCUUGCACAGAGGUGGCUGGGCAAGGCCAUUAUUCAUGGUUGUCACUCUGUCAACCUUGGCCAUUGGCCAUAUAGUUAUUGCCAUAGGUUUUGCUAAAAGUUUGUACCUGGGUUCAUUCCUUGUGGGGGUUUCUUAUGGUUCACAGUGGUCAUUGAUGCCUACAAUCACUUCUGAGAUAUUUGGUGUUGGCCAUAUGGGUACUAUAUUCAACACCAUUGCCAUAGCAAGUCCUCUUGGAUCAUAUAUUUUCUCUGUAAGAGUAAUUGGGUACAUUUAUGAUAAGGCAGCAACAGGUGAAGAAAACACAUGCUUUGGAACUCACUGCUUCUUGCUUUCUUUUCUGAUCAUGGCAUUUGUUGCUUCCUUUGGGGUUCUCGUUGCUCUUGCAUUGUUCUUUAGGACAAGGAGGUUCUAUCAGGUGGUGCUGCUUAGACGGGUACAACGUUCUUAGAGACCGCGAGAAAUUCGACGAUGGAGCUUGUAUUAAUCCAGAAAGAAGUGCUGUGUUUUUUGUGGCUGGUGAAAAAUUUCAAUAGCAAAUACUUAAACUCUAAAAAUUAUAAUAGAAUUAUCUCUGUGAACUUAAAAAAAUAAUAUAAAAUUUUUUGAAUUUUAAUAUUU